UUUAGCUCUGAUGCGUGUGACAUUCUCAUGGCUUCAUGAGUUUGUCUAUGUGCCGGUGUCUGUGAACUGGACGGAUGCACAGAAGUACUGCAGACAGCGUUACACUGAUCUCAUCACCAUCACUGACCAGGUGGAUCAUGAUGAGCUGCUGAAAACUGCAGGAAUGGGAAAUGUUUGGCUUGGACUAUAUCGAACUAGUGGUGAUGGUGUCUUUGUCUGGUCAGAUCAGAGAAGUUCCUCAUUCAGAAAAUGGAAAUCUGGACAACCGAAUGGUCAGUUGUGUGUUAAUGUUUAUGAUGGCUACUGGUAUGACCGCAACUGUGAAGACUACGCUCCUUUUGCAUGUUACAUCGAGAGAAAGAGACAGCUAGUGAGAUUAGAGGUGAAAUCAAGUCAAAAUGUGAAUGAUCCUGCAGUGAUGAAAGAGAUUUUAGAGAAGAUGGAGCAGAUACUGAAGGAGAAGGGUUUGGCACAAUAUGCUAAACUUUCAUGGAGAACCCAGUCCAAUGGGAAUGUCUUCCAAAAGAAGGACAAGAAGAGUGACGCCACUAAACAGACUUGCAUUUCAAAACUGCGUAAAUAAACACUUACCACCUAACUAACCACCUGACUAACUAAACAUUUUAGAUGUUUAAUGGGGAAAUGCAGAAAUGGUAGCAGAAUUUUCUCACUAUUUCCUCAGUCUUGUCUUUAUGUCUUUACUGUGCAUUUAUUCCAUCAUGAUUUCCUUAUCUUUUUUUAAGGGAUGUUGUAUUUUGUGUUUUGGGUAAGUUAAAUUUCAGAGUUGGGUAAGAAUGUGAAUGUUUUGUCAAAUUUUGAAUGUAAACAUCUGAUUAUUUAUUAUCUAAUUUAUCUGAGACAAUCACAGAACCUGGGU